AUGGCGUCCCAGGCCAGCACCGGCGGUACCAGGGAGCUGCAGUUCUGGGUCGCCGACGCUUUCACGCCCGCGGCCUUCGCGGGCAAUCAGGCGGCAGUGUACUGCCUGGCUGAUGAGGCGGUGAUAACCGACGCCCAGCGGCAGAGGAUCGCGGCGGAGCACAACCUAUCCGAGACGGCCUACGUCACCCUCCCGCCCGGCGCGGACGCAGGCGGCGGCCUCGACGCGUUCAAGACGGGGGACACGUUCGGCCUGCGGUGGUUCACGCCCGCGGCUGAGGUGCCCCUCUGCGGCCACGCAACGCUCGCGUCCGCCCACGUCCUGUUUUCAGAGGUUGGCAACACGAGCGAGGCCCUAUAUUUCGACACCCUCUCCGGCCGCCUCACCGUCCGCCGCGCCGCCGGCGCCGACGGCGGCGUGCGCAUAGAGAUGGGCCUCCCCUGGGCAGACGCCCGCGACCCGCUGCCCGCCGGCCUCGGCGACGCCGCCGCCGCCGGCGGCGGCGACGCGGACGCGCGCCAACAGGCGCUCGGCUCCCUUGUCGCGACCGCCACGGGCGGGCUGGGGACGGCGGAGCCCGUGGGGUUCACCAAGGGGAUGGACUACUUUCUGUUUGUACUGCCGGAGGGGACGACGCGGGCCCAGCUGGAGGCGAUACGCCCGGAUUUCGGGGCGAUGGUCGCGGCCGUGGGCGAGGGCGCGGCGCGCGGCGCGAUCGUGACGGCGCGUGGGGAUGGUGGCGACGACUACGACUUCUACUGCCGAUUCUUUGGCCCCUGGGUGUCCAUUGAUGAGGACCCCGCCACUGGCUCCGCCUUCUGCGUGCUGGGCCCCUACUGGGCCCCCAAGCUGGGGAAGACCCAGUUCAAGGCGCGGCAGUGCUCCCCGCGGGGCGCUGACGUGGCGGUGCGGCUGGAUUCUGAGGCGCGGCGCGUGUACGUGUCGGGGCAGGGCGUCACUACGAUGAAGGGAACGCUGCUGCUGCCUCCGCAGUAG